UGUAAAAUUUGCCUGUAUAUCAAAAUACGUGCAUGGUUAUAGUUAGCAACAACCAUGGUAUGAAAAAGACUACCGAAUACUAACGUCAUUAUUACGGAGACCCUAUUAAAUAAUUCUAUAUAGUUAACGAUGACCCUCAAAAAACCGUCGUGAACUUUCAAGUGUCACAAAUUACAAUCAAUAUUGAGACUAUGGAACAAGAAUUUAAUCCAGAAUUUGAGAAAGUGAUUGGGCAUCAUUUCCAUGACCAAGGAUUGAUGGAUGAGGCUUUGGAAGAGUCUGGACUAGCAUCUGCCGGAAAUGAGCGGCUAGCCCUACUAGGAGACAAAAUACUCGACCUUAUGCUGCUUCGUCGUUGGUACCAUGAAGGCAACACCACAGAGCAAGGGACAGGUCUGCUUAAGACUUACGCCUGUAACAAGCAGUUAACCUCUAUAGCUAGAGUCUUGGGUUUGCAGAGAUUUAUCCACCAAAGGCCAGACCUAGAAAGGAGUGUACCAGAGGGCACGUUGGCUACUACUGUGGAAGCCAUUCUUGGUGCAGUUUGAAUUGAUUCCGAUGAAGACAUAGAGCAGGUGAAUGAAGUCAUGGACAAGAUUGGCCUGUAUCCAUCCUCUGGCCACGUUUCAACCUGAUAUACGGGAUCCUCUAUAGGUAACAGCUGAAUUUUUACGAAUU